CGUGUCACAUGAUCCGUACCUCGCUUCUCAGGAUCUUUCAAUUCUGCCUCCGAACCUCCCAACUACCUUGAGAUCCCCAAUUGACGCCCAUCAUACUUGUCAAGAUGUUCACACAAACUGUCCGCGCUUCGCGCUCUCAAAUCGCCCGCGUUGCGAGGCAGCAAAUGAUCAGCAAGAGAACUUUCAUCGUUCCUACUGCUGUUCGUCGUGCGGACCUUGUCCAAGAUCUUUACCUUAAGGAAUUGAAGGGUUACAAAGCACCUCAAAUCAAGGCAUCCGAUUCCGAAGGACAAGUUCUCAAGUUCUCCCCACCUAAGGCUCCUACAUCUCCAGAAGAAACCGAUAUCGCAAAGGAAUUGGCAGCAUACGAGGCAAGCACAGUCGAAGUAGAGGGACAAGCUGAGGGAGGUGUUGAAGCCAAGGAGGUUGAUUGGUUUGAGGAGGAGCCUGAGGAGGAGGCUGCACACCACUAGAUUACGAAAUGAUACCGGAGUGAAAAUGUGAAGCCGCGUGGUAGAUUAAAACGUGGGGAUGCGAUGGAGGGGCGGGGAAAUGUGUACACAUAGUGAGGUGGUAGAAUGAAGUGCGAAUUGUACAGUCAUUAACCGCCUAUUUUGAAAGAAGACUCGAUCGACUGGAUUAUCUUCCGGAGCAUAUGUCACUAUUUUUUUUCUCUAUUUUGGAAGCAGGGUGUCCAUACCGUCCAUCUCGAGACGAUUAAAUCGCUACUAUCUGCUUACUUUGGUCCCUCU